UUUUAAAUAAUUUUUAAACUUCAGCACAACACUCGAACGCAAUAAAGACAUUCAAGUGAUUCGCAUUUGUGGGUUACAAUUUAUAAAUGUACUUGAUUGCUUAUAAAAUUUGUUAUUCUUGUAGAAUAUACUAUAGUGGUUGCUACUAAUCAAAUAUAAUGCGACUUUAGAUAUUUUUUCUUAAAUUCAAUAAUUUUAUUCGCUUAAAGAUUUCAAGAAUUGCGUCAGAUUUAUAUUCCAAUUUAAAAAAAUGGAAGUUCCAUUUGAAUCCAGCUGCACUUCCUUUUAUCAAGGUCGCAAUCACCAAAGUUCUUAUAAUGAAACUUUUUAUUGAACCAUGCUUUUUUAUUAUUAAUUCAGUAUCUUAUUUAAAAAUAAUGAUACUUGAUUAUUUUUAUACAAUACAUUAGUUCACAUUCUAAAAAAAAUACACCAAAUCAAUGAUAGAUUUAAAUAAACAGUAAAUACAUUCGUCGCAUGUGGCAACACAACGGAACAGAUGUUUGUUAAUUGUCAACAAUUUGAAAAUUCUUAUCAGGGCUUUGGUUGUGAUGUGCAGUUGUCGUUGAUUUUGUUUUGAUUCUGUGAUACAUCAGCUUUGCAUAAAUUCUAUGCGUAAUUGUGGUGCUUAGUAGUUUAAUUAGUUUUAAUGAUUACAACAAUUAGAUUACAAAUAAAUUGUGAUACUUAAAAGUUGUUGUUACAGCCACAGUCGCAUAGCAUAUACAUAUAAAACUUGCUGCAGCUCUGUAACAUUUUCAUCAAUUAAGAUAAUUAAUAUGUGAUAAUAAUCCAGACGGUAUAAGUAAACGAAUAAAACGAUAACGUUAAUUAUAAAGAAACGCCAGCAAACUAAUAGAGAAAUUAAAAAAAAACUAUCCGCAACUGAAAUUGCUAUUGGCACUUCUACAAAUCUACCUUAGUACACACCUGUCUACCCGUAGUCUACAAUUAAGUGGUGCUACGCUCAACUGCAGUUUCCAUCAAAAUCACUGCCAUCUAAUAACUGCCGUAUGCAUGCACAACACGCGACAAUCAGUAGCCUAUAUACGAAGCCGGACUUCGCCGAAUACACAUUCAAUGUUGCUGCCUAGUUCCAUGUGCCUGUUAUCAGCCCCUUUAACAACAGCUUUGUCGUCAUUGCGUUUAUUAGCGCCGACGCCGUUGUUAUUGUGUAAUCGAAAUUUUAGCAUGCAAAAUAAAAAUAUUUGCACAAUUGACAGUUCAUAUCGCGAGCACAGUAAGAAUUGUUGUUUUAAGUACGUUGUCUCGUCUCUUUCACAUUUGCAACAACCCAUUCAGCUGCUAAGCGGUUGUCAACGAGUGAAAAAACUAACGCAAACGCGUUUUAUUUCAUCUACAAGUAAAUUGUUUAAACAAAAUUCCGGUGGAAAACACAUGGAAGUGCCAGAGGGUGUAUUCUGCGGUAGCGUUGAUCGCUUCAACGGUGUACUAGUGGACUCGGAAAAAGAAUACGAUGAAGCCACCGAUUUUGAAAAAAAGCUACAGAAAUCUUUAGACCACUGGAUUUCCAUUAAACGCCGCGCCAUUUGGUUCACAUUACAGAAGGAACAUGCAGCAUGGGUGCCACAUUUAUCUAAGGCCGGCUUUGUAUUCCAUCAUGUGGACACUACCUGCUCCUCUCUUGUGAUGUAUCGCUGGCUGCCAACCCACGAAUCUGCCAAUAUACCAACUUUUUGCCAUACAAUGCUUGGUGUUGGUGGACUUGUUGUUAAUGACAACAAUGAAGUGUUAGUUGUUAGUGACCGCUAUGCAUUAAUAGCAAAUAGUUGGAAAUUACCCGGUGGUUAUGUCGAGCCAGGCGAGGAAAUAGUAAAUGCAGCUAUACGCGAGGUAAGGGAGGAAACCGGCAUUGACUGUGAGUUUCGUACCGUUAUUAGUAUACGACAUUCGCAUGGCGGCAACUUCGGCUGUUCGGAUAUGUACAUAGUUGUUGCAUUGAAGCCACUCAAUCACGAAGUGCAUAAAUGCGAGCGUGAAAUCGCUAAGGCACAAUGGAUGCCGGUUAAGGAGUAUUUACAACAUCCUGACGUACACGAGACAAAUCGUCACUUUAUGCGCACCUAUUUAGAUUACAAUAAACGUAAUAUACGAUUUACUUAUGAGCGCGCCCAGCAUCGUGUGCUGAAGCGUGAGUACACGUUAUUUUAUAUGAAACCGAUUGAGGAAAAAAACGAAAGUUGAGUUAUGUAAUGACAGUUUUUAUGCGCAACAGCACUUUCCAUCCAUCAAAGGAACAUUAUAAUUUUUGAGGUUAUGUAAAGUAUGAUUUUUAAGUAAUGAAAAACACAGAUAGAUCAGAUUAAAUAUAAUAUGUAUUCCACAAAGUGGCCUUUCAAAUUAACUAAAAUAGAGGUUAUCAAACAAUAACAAAAAUUAAUUUGCGAUGUGUAAGGGAAAAUUGGUACAAAUAACUUUAUUGGAAGUUAACUAAAAAACGCCUACAUUUUUAUAAGUAACAAUGAAAUACCUUUCGAAAACAUGCACCAAUAUGUGUUGUUUUUAUUUAUUUCCACAUUUUUUAAGUUUAAAUGUUAAAUUUCUUCCAUUGUUGUCGAAAUACUAUUUUAGUUUUUAUGAUUUGUUAAAUUGUUUUACUAAGUUUAUAAUAAAAAAAUAAAAUAAAA